CGGUAAUGGAUAUCAGUUCUGAAUCAAAAUCAGAGUAACUACAACAUGGCGAAGCUCAUCAUUGUCUUGGCACUUGUGGCCUGCAUCAGCCUCAGCGUUUUGGCUGAAGAAAAUCCUGCCACCGGAAGUAAUGCCGGAAGUGUACAGUCGGGCUUUGGAGUCGGGAGUAUGUUCAAAGCCUUGAAAGAAGCCCAGGGCGAGAAUCAAGCUGAGAACACAAACGCACAAGAUGACGACGCAAAUGAUGCCGCAGAUGACGGGAAUGAAGUGGAUGAUCAGACUAGAUCAGAUGACGCUGACGAAAACGAUGCCGAGAAUGACAUAAUACAAGAGGAAAAUACGGGAGAAACUGUCGUUGACGACGAUGAUGAUAGCAGCAGCAGCGAGUAAUCAAAAAUUCCCCUUUUAAUAACGAAAAGGCAUAAAUAUGGAAGCAGAGACCGAAUUGGAAGUUUCUGGAAUUACGACGUCUCGCCCCAAUUACAGAUGGAACUUUAAUUACUACGGUUUCGAUUAUUUUACAAUGCCUAACCAAAUGUAAAGUAAAAUUAUGUUGCUAAUAAAUAUUCAUUGCAUCAUAUAAA